AUGAGCACUCCAGCUCCACAACCAGCUGAAAAUGUCUGCAAGACAUCACCUGACUCUACAGACGUCAACGUCAGCGCCUCUGAUCUCCCAGCCCUCCCCAAACAGGCAUCAAGACCACAAACGGCACGAGCAUCAACCACAACUAUGGGAUCAAUGAGCAACCUCGCUUCCACAAACAUUGUGGCUGUAACCGCUGAACGUGACGCGCUAGCACGCAGUAUUGUGGCCCUUACAGAUGAGAAACGGGGACUGGUUGAACGUAUGAAUUCGAGCGAGAGGGCUAUUCAGAGCUUUAUGGAUUUGUUGAGUAGGGCGGUUGGGGAUGCUGAUGAUACGGCAAACCUACAAUCUGUAGCCAAAACUGUAAUCCAGUCCGUGCUCGCAAUCCUCCCCAACCUAAAAGUCGAAACCCCGUCUACCGACACGUACGCUGCUUCACCGUCGACCCAGGCAAUGCAGAAUUUCUUAUCGACCAAUGGUUCCAAAAAGACAUUGCCUACGCUGCAUGUUGAUGGAGGCGCUAUUCCAGCUGCUGUGCUGGAUAUCUUUCCUGUUUUUAGAGAUUUCCCGGCUGAGGUUAGAGAAGAUCUUGUAUUCGCUGCUUACGAGUUGAGGAGACGACAGGGACAAGGGAUUGUGAGGAUUGGGGAUGUGGGUGCUGAGAUGUUUUUUGUUAUGCGUGGAGAGGUCUGCAUCAUGGACGGCGACUCUGAAGUCUCAUCCCUCGGCAGCAACACCUUCUUUGGCGAGCUAGGCGUCCUUUUCAACACCACCCGCACCGCAUCCGUCCAAGCCAAAACCGACUGUGUCCUCAUCGUACUGACAAAACAAAAAAUCGAGCAAGCAGUCUCCAACUACCCCGACCUGCAACAAAAACUCCGUCACAUGGCCGACGAGAAGGGAACCUGGUGGACUACUCAAAAAUACCGUCCAUUCGGCAACAAGUUUGGUGGUGAAUUCGUGCUUGAUGUCGCACGACGCAAUUUACGUAAAGUGUCGCUAUUCGCUGAUGCCGAUGACACGUUUUUGGAUAAACUGAGUCUCAAGAUGCAGAGUAUCGUGUACAAGCCGGCAGAUUUGAUUAUUGAAAAGGAUUCCUUGUCGGAUGCGAUCUUCUUUGUGGUGUCGGGAACAGUCCAUGUCCUUGGUGACGAUGCGGUUACUGUGCAUGCUCAGAUGUCGUCUGGGUCCUUCUUUGGAGAGGUCGGUGUGCUGCUACAUGUGCGCCGUACGGCUAGUAUUGUUGCUAAAGAUGAAUGCUCGGUGCUCAAGUUGCUGAAGGCGGAUGUCGAUGAGCUGUGUUUGAGUAAUGUGGAGAUGAAGAGGCGGAUUGAGGAGGUUGCUAAUGAGAGAUAUCAUUUGUUUAUGGGGAGGAGCCAUAGUCAGUUGGAUGCUAGUAGUGCUACUGCACGUGCCAAUGAUGAACAGAGGAGUAUCUCGACUAAUGGGAUACCGGAGCAGUUCCACGUUGAGAUGAAUAUUCAGAAUCUUAAAAAGCUGGAACUAUUCAUGGAAUGCGAAGAACACAUUGUCGACGAGCUCGCCCUCAAAAUGACUCAAAAAACCUGGAACGCCAACGACCGCAUCAUCAACUGUGGCGAUAAUGCCGACGGAAUGUACUUUAUCGCCAUUGGAGAAAUCAACAUCAUAUCAGAGUUUGGCCAGCUGCUAGAUUUCGGCAAGAUUGAAUAUGUCGGUGAAGUCGCCAUCUUGGAAGAUGUGCCCAGAACUGCUACCAUUGAAGCUAUUACAGAGGUGUCGACUUUCGAAUUGAAGAGACAGGAUGUCAAGGAUUGUAUUGCCAAGUACCCAGCAUUUGCGAAACAUAUUGAGGAGACUGCCAGGAAGAGGUUGCAGAGUUAUUUGAUGCGUAAUGUGCUGGCUUAG